UUGACUAGGUGGUUUCACAGGGAGUCGAGGCAUUUGAGUCAGGGCACACAUGCCUCAGCUGUGAGAGACUCCGUUCCGUUAGCUAGCCAACAUCCCAGGACAAACGCAGAGAGAAAAGAGAGAGAACGAGAGAGAACGAGAGAGAACGAGAGAGAACGAGAGAGGAAAAGAGAGAAAGAGAGAGAAAGAGAGAGGAAGAGAGAGGUGACCUGAGAGCGAGAGAAAGAAGGGGAGAGACAGAAAGUAGAGUAGAAAGUGUUGAGGGAACUGUGGUGUAGAAGCAGAGGAGACAUUUGUCAAAGUAGGGAACAAGUCCUGUCUUCUGGACAGCGCGGGCACGCCAGGCUGUGUUGCAGCAGUGUAUUCUUGUCCUGGGUGAGUGUGCAAGCGGCUUGUGUGAAUUGAGCAGCCAUGGCGCAUUUAGGCGUGAAGAUGGAGCAGGUAGCUUUGACUGAGGUGUCUGAUGAUGACGAAGAGGUGUCCCUGGUGGCCGCAGCCGUAGAGCCAGACACGGACGACGACCCCUCAGAGGAGGUGGAUCUGGUGCUGGGGAAAGGGUCCGGCAGCAAGACAGAAGCCCAGGUGAAUGGAGUCAUGGUCCUGACCCUGCUGGACAAGAUCAUCGGUGUGGUGGACCAGAUCCAACAGACCCAGAACGGUCUGGAGGCGAGGCAGCAGGACAUGGAGAAGUCGGUGGCGGGCAUCCAGGGCGAGCUGGCCAAGCUGUCCAAAAGCCACACGGGCACAGCCAACACCGUCAACAAGAUGCUGGACAAGGUGCGCAAGGUCAGCGUCAACGUGAAGACGGUCAGGAACAACCUGGAGAAGCAGGCGGGUCAGAUCAAGAAGCUGGAGAGCAACGAGAACGAGCUCCUGAAGAGACGCAACUUCAAAGUGCUCAUCUACCAGGAUGAGAUGAAAGCCCCCAAAGCAUCCAAGUCGACCAAGGGGUCUAAGAAUGUUCUGGAAGGUGUGGCCGAAGAGGAGGGUGAGGAGCAGGCUGCGGAGGACCGGGGUGAGGGAGCGCACCUCGGCCCCACCUCAGAGGACGAGGUGGAGAUCGAGGAGAUCAUCGAGGAGUCCCGGGCAGAGCGCAUCAAGCGCACCAGCAAGCAGCGUGUGGAGAACAUCAAGAAGGCUUUCUCCAAAGAGAAGAUGGAGAAGACCAAGCUAAAGACCAAGGAGAACCUGGCGAAGACCAAGCAACGCACCCGCGAGAACCUGGAGAAGACCCGUCAGAAAACCCGCGAGAACCUGGAGAAGACCAAGCACAGUCUGGGGAAGAAGAUGAACCAGCUGGGCACUCGUAUGACGCCCAACCAGGAGCGCAAGGAGAUGGUGAAGAAGUCCCUGACCCCUGACCACACGGUGCACGCCCGCUCCAAGACAGCUGUGUACCGCGUGCCGCCGUUCACCUUCCACGUGAAGAAGAUCCGGGACGGGGAGGAGGAGGAGGUGAAUCAGAGCAAGGAAUCGGUGGUGGUGGCUGAGGAGGAGGCCCUGGAAGAGGAGGAGGCCCUGGAAGAGGAGGAGCUCGGCCUGCAUGUGGAGGUGGAGGAGGGGGAGCUGGUCUGCGUCGACAGCCCAGAGAUGGAGGCUCUUCUGGAAGCGGCGGAGGACUCUCAGCUGGUCAUGGUGGAAAGAGACCUCCCUACGAAGACAAGCAGCAAACAUAUCAAUUGAUAGGCUCAGGACUGGAAAAAUGAUAUAAUAAACGGAUAAAGAGGAUAAAGUGAAGGGAAAAAGGAAUAAGAGAGAUUUCAAUAGCAAUGACUCAGCAUACAUUGUCAGGACUGUCUGGAUAUGUUCAAAAAUCAAUGUGCACAAUCGUUGAUUUGUACUUUUACUUCACCAAACUGGACAGAUUUCUCUGUAAUUUCCGCUCAUAUUAAUUAUUAACAUUGCAAGAACCAAGCAUAUUAUUCACACACAUUUUCUUGGCUUUCAGCAUUGUGUUCUUUUUAUAAUUAUAGAGUCAUACAAAGAGAACUAGUUGGCACCAACGCUGAGUCUGAGGUACCCCUUGUUUAUAUCAGUUUUCUAUGGAAUGACCGACAAUGCAAAAGUGUGAAAAUUGUAUUUGUGGUUGUAAUUGAAUGCACAAAAGUUGCUAACAGACAUGUAUAGCAAUGUUAAUGAUAAAAGGAAGAGUGUACCUGGUUUGAGGGUUACUGGCAUGUGAAUUUGUGUUUUGAUGAACUGGGAGCCUGAGGGCAUUUCUAGAUUGUUCUCACGUGUCUACGACAAGACAACAGGCUGACAUACUGAAUGUCUUCCUUGAAUGAAGAGUUUACAGAACUGUUCAAGAAUGUGACCAGUCACAAGACAGCAGACAUACGUUUGGCUCUUUGCAACACAGGGCCCGUGUUGAAGGUUUGUGUGUAAGACGUUUUUCACCCAUGAAAGGAGACGCAGAUAAGCAACGUAAGAUUAAGAUGGAGAUCAUCGUUUUCCUCUUUCGUCAUGGUGGCUAAACAAUAUAUACAGCAUCCCUCCCAAAUGAAAAGUAUUUCAUAAAUUCCUCAAAGCAUUGUUUUGAGAGAUUCGUGAAAACUACUGAUAUCCAUAUUUUGUCAUGUUAUUUUGUUUUUAUAAGACAAAAUUACUUGUAUUUAAUUUGAAACUGGGAUGGAUGUACUCUGUUUAGAUGUACUUAUAGGUAUAGCACAGACUUUUGAGUUGUAUGAUAUUGUAAUAGUCAGGAAAUAGCUUUCUUUCUCUGUGCCAUAACAGUCUAGUUGCCAAUGUAACCACAAUGCUUCUAGCUGAUGUUAUAUAUAUAUAUUAUCAGCCAUCUUGGAGUAAGCUUUCAUGUCCUUAUCAGAGCUGCCAUUUAGAAUUUCGACCUUACAAUGUAUUUUCUCACCACACACCCUUAUUAGUAUGUUCUGAAUUGAGACAUAAGGGCUGAAGACCCUCAUACUGCUGUGCUAUCAACACAGACAGAGCCUUUUAGAGGAGAAGAUUGACUACCUUAACUAGUCAAUGUGUCACCAUGGCCACAGCACAUACUAAGCCACUUCCUCUGCUGUAGUUGUGAGGAUAAACACCAGAUAAUCUGAUUGGUCCCCCUACAGCUAUAGCUGCAGUUAGAUAAUAGUUUAAUUACAUUCUAAAUGGCACAUGGACAUUAAAUAGCAUUACCAACUUAGCCAGGGCUGGGAGCCACCUGCCAGAGUAAAUGUUAGUAAGUUGUAAGUAGUUUUAUAAAGGUAAAGGACCAGGAGAAAAUUAAUUGCCUCUCCUUGGUCUUAGUGUCUCAAUCACUUGGUGAAUUUUAAUGUAGGUUCAGUUUAAUUGUGUAUGAUGUGCUGGUAUCCGUAAAACUGUAUAAUGACUGGAUUAGCUCAGUGGGUAAAUGCCGGUGUUGCCUUGUCCUCGAGUUUUGUUUGACAGGAAAGGACUGACAGCACUCAUGGUGUAAUAGUCAUCAACAGAGUGGGCUUUCCUCCUCUGCUCCAGAGUCCCUGUGUCUGACCUUGAAGAAAAGGGCAUAGUGGGAGGGGCCACGUCCAUGGAACACCAUUAGAAUGAUCAAUAAAGCAGGGAACCUGAUUAAGCAGAGUGCUUUCUCCAAGUGUUUGUGUUGGGGGGUGGGCCAAAUGGAGCAAACACUUGAAGGAGCACUGUAGAUGUGGAUUGGAAGGUGAGUUACACAUGUCAACCGUGUAAGUCCAAGGCCAAAUCUAACAAUAUACACGCACACACAUACACAAACAAACACACACACACACAGACACACACACACACACAGACACACACAGGGACACUGCUACCCCCCACUCCUCCAACAACAACAGGUGGAGCAUUAUGUACUGAAGUGAGGUCUGGAGGUCUGUUCUGUCCACAACAUGUAGCCUGACAAGGCAACGGCACUGUUUGCCUCUGUAAGAUGUCGAAUGACCAGCCACACAACAGUCCCAGCUGUGGCCAAGGGGAUAUAUUGUCAAUGUCAAUGGUCAUAUUGUUCUGUGUAUGCUUCUGAUGAACAAUGGCAGUGUAAUCACAGCAUCUUCCCUAACCACAUAUAUAUAUAUAUAGCCUACAUCUAUCAAUAAAACCUGACUUACACCUGA